AUGGCGCAGACAGAGAAGACGUUCGAGGCAGUGAGGGACAGGGUGAUUGCCGAGCAGUUCCUUAGUUGCUGUCACCCUAAGCUGGCCAUUUUUCUAAAAGAACGUAACGUGAACGCAGCGCAAGAAAUGGCAGAGCUAGCUGACCAGUACCUGGAAGCCCAGGGAAAAUGUAAUCUGGGUGCUAUGAAAGAUGGGGGUUGUACAACAGUGAGACCAGACGGCGAGAACAGUAAGGGUACUGGACAAACGGGAGGAGCCCGAAGACCAUCGCCUAGAUGCUUUCUGUGCAGUAAGGUUGGGCAUAAGGCAACUGACUGCAGAAGCGGAUAUAGAGAAAAUCAGGCAGGAGUACGAUGCUGGGAGUGCGGCAAAAUGGGACACAAAGCUGGGCAGUGCGCCAAUCACUCACAGAACAAAGCAGCGUGUGUCCUGGAUAAAAGACAGAAGGCAUUAAAGAGGGACAACAAAGAACAGCAGGGAGCGAUAACAAAUACAAGAUUUGAACAUGUUACUGACGCUUACUUAGUACACAAUAUCGACAUAUUGAUGCCGGUGGUCGAAGGGAGGUUACAUGAUAUUAAGAUAUCAGUGCUGAGAGAUAGUGGAACCAACACAGUACUAGUAAGAAAAAGGCUGGUACGAAGUGAGGAGUUCACAGGGACGUCCACUGGGGUUAUCCUGGUUGACGGCACCAUGAGGGUUAUGCCUGAAGCGAUAAUCAACAUAGAUACACCUUAUUACACGGGGGAAGUACGUGCCAAAUGCAUAGAAGAACCGCUGUAUGACCUCAUACUGGGUAACAUCCCAGGGGCUAGAAAAGUGGACUGCCCGGAUUCAGGGUGGGGCACAAGUACGAAGAAAAUGCGUCACCAGGGAGAUGAAGUGUUUGGCGAAACGCCGUCUAAUUCAUUGAACAGCGUUACAUCACAUGCUGAGAACGACCGACUACUGCAAAAAAUCGGGGAAAAGGAGGCGUUGAAUGCAGAGCAGAUUCAUAACGAGGUGUCAUUUGCAGCAGGAGCAAAAAGAACGGACAAAAGUGAAGAGAAACAAUUGCCCCAGCUCAAGGCGCCGGUUAUAGAGCUGCUAGAAGUCACAGCUCUUCAAUUAACGGGGCAGCAAAAGUCGGAUGAGAGUCUGCAGAGCUGUUUUAGAAGUCUGAAUAAACGAGUGCGGAAAUGGAGAUGUGACGUAACAACGGAAUACGUCGUGAAGGAUGAUUUGUUGUUCCGCCGAGUCGAAUUCAGCGACGGGGACGUGAGACACCAACUCAUUGUACCAACGGUAUUUAGAAAGACUGUAAUGGAAUUGGCUCACGAUGGAAUAAUGUCGGGCCAUCAGGGGGUAAAGAGCACGGUCGCUAAAAUAGCGGAAGAAUUCUUUUGGCCUGGUAUGCAAGGCGACGUGAAACGUUACAUACGGUCUUGUGAUGUGUGCCAACGCACUAUACCAAACGGCACCGUGAAAAAAGCCCCAAUCAUGAGUAUGCCCAUAAUUGAAGAACCCUUCCAUCGGGUAGCGAUAGAUAUCAUUGGACCAAUAACCCCGAAGUCCAGCAAGGGAAACCGAUAUAUCUUGACAAUGGUUGAUGUAGUCACGAGGUACCCGGACGCUGUGGCAUUGAAAACCAUUGAUACCCCGCAGGUGGCAGAAGCCCUAGUCGAGAUGUUCUCCCGGUACGGAGUACCUAAGGAGAUUCUGAGUGAUCGAGGUACGAACUUCACUUCCAAUCUUAUGAAAGAGAUAGGACGGCUAUUAUCCUUUCGGCAGUUGUUAACUACGCCAUAUCACCCAAUGUGUAAUGGGCUCGUAGAGAGAUUUAAUGGUACCAUCAAGCAAAUGAUGAAGAGAAUGAGCCAAGAACGACCCACGGACUGGGAUAGGUAUAUCCCGGCACUCCUCUUUGCCUAUAGAGGAGUACCACAAGCGUCGCUAAGAUUCGCACCAUUUGAGAUGUUGUACGGGCGAAAUGUGAGAGGUCCUUUGACCAUCCUUAAGGAGCUGUGGUCCAAUAAAAGCUUAAACCAGGAGUUAAAAACAUCAUACGGAUACGUGAUCGAACUCAAGGACAAACUGAAGAAAACAUGUGAAGUGGCGCAUGAGAUCAUGGCGGAGGCACAAACAAAACAGAAAAGGUUCUAUGACCGGAAAAGCCAGGCUCGAAGGUUCGAGCCAGGCGACAGAGUGCUCAUACUGCUACCCGGUGACCACAACAAACUAACCAUGCAGUGGAAGGGACCGUACGAAGUUGCGAGGCGAAAAGGCGAUUUAAACUACGAACUGCUGGUUGGCGACAAAAGAAAAACGUUUCACAUAAACAUGUUACAAAAAUACGUAGGUCGCGAAACUAAGAAUGAAAGUUGUGGGGUGAUGGUGGUCCAGGAUGAGGUUGAAGACUUAGGGGAGAUCACGACGCCCAGUCUAAAAAGGCAACAGGGUGCGCAGGAUGUGGUCAUCAAUCCUAAAUUAAGUCAAAAGCAAAAGAAAAAUCUUGCUGACGCGAUCGGGGAGUUUGAAGAUAUAUUCUCUGACGUACCGGGCAGAACAAAUGCAUUGCAAUGCAAACUUCGAUUGAUGACAGAAGAGCCAGUGUUUGUAAGGCAGUAUCCGUUGCCUUUUGCCAUCCAGGACGAGAUGGAAGAAGAAGUGGAAGAGAUGCUAAGAUUAGGCAUCAUCGAACGAUCCACGUCCGCCUACAACGCACCCAUAAUAAUGGUAAAAAAGCCUGAUGGCUACCCUUCGGGGGCCACCGUCGUCACCAGCCGAGUGGGAGGUGACGCCGCACUGCCGUGCCACCUCCGCCACUCGACGCAGGACUCGUGGGCCUCGGCCGUGACGUGGUUCAAGCGGGGACUGCCGGCGCCCGUGUACUCGGUCGACAUGGGCUCGCGGUCGGGCAACUUCCUGCAGGCCACGCACCAGCCGGGACGCGUCUGGUCCGGCAGGGCGUACUUCUCGUCGGCCGAUGAACCGGCGCUGCUCAUGAUCGGCGACGUGCAGGCCGCCGAUGCGGGACUCUACGACUGCUUGGCGACGUUCGGCAGCGGGCACUCGCGGAAUACCACCGUCCGAUUUGUUGUCGUCGAUAUUCCACCACACAAAAUAUUAACACGUUCAUUGCAGAAGAAAGCAAGCUGUCUAGUAUAG